CGAGAGAAGAAAGGAAGAGAAGAGGCUUCACAUCAGUUGACGAGAUUUUUUUCUUAGCCCACUUCGUCUCCGAAUAAGCCACAAUGAAGAUUUCACUGUGCCACUACAGCGGGUACAAGAUCUAUCCCGGAAAGGGAAAGACUAUGGUCAGGACCGAUGGAAGGACCUACCAGUUUUUGGACUCGAAAUGCGAGCGCGCUCACUUGAUGAAGAGGAAUCCUCGUAACACUACCUGGACAGUUCUUUACAGGCGUAAGCACAAGAAGGGUCAGGAAGAAGAACAGGCCAAGAAGAAGACCAGGAAGGCCCAGAAGUUCCAGCGAGCUAUUGUUGGUGCUUCCCUGACUGAGAUCUUGGCCAAGCGCAACCAGAAACCUGAAGUCCGCAAGGCCCAGAGAGACCAGGCCAUCAAGGCUGCAAAGGAGAAAACAAAGGCUGCCAAGGCCCAGAAGAAGGCUGCCAUGGCACCACCUAAAGCCGCCAAAGCUCCCAAGACCAAAGCAGCGCGGCCUUCCCAGAAAGUGAAGCCCCAAGUCGGUGGCAAACGUUAAGUGGUUUUUGUAACAUCUGGUGUAUUCUGACUGUCAUCUGUGUGAAUUACACCCACCAUCGACGUCGAAA